AGGGCCCAAGGCAGGCUGAGGCGCCUAGGGGCGGGGUGGGAAGGAGGACCGGCCAACCCUGGGGUGUGGGACCGAGAGUGCGUGUGUGGUGUGUCCCUAAGAGAAGGAAGGUGGCGAAGGGAGGAGAGCCCGAGUGGGUGGAGGGAGGGGAAGGGCGGGAGGAGAAAAAGGUGGGCGGAGGGCCAGGUGGGAGGGUGGCGGCUCACUCAGGACCCGGCGGGGGCAGCGCGAUGAGGCGGGUGACCCUGUUCCUGAACGGCAGCCCCAAGAACGGAAAGGUGGUUGCUGUAUAUGGAACUUUAUCUGAUUUACUUUCUGUGGCCAGUAAUAAACUCGGCAUAAAAGCCACCAGUGUGUAUAAUGGGAAAGGUGGGCUGAUUGAUGACAUCGCUUUGAUCAGGGAUGAUGAUGUUUUGUUUGUGUGUGAAGGAGAGCCAUUUAUUGACCCUCAGACAGAUUCUAAGCCACCUGAAGGAUUGUUUGGAUCUCACACAGACUGGCUAACAUUAAACGUUGGAGGGCGGUACUUUACAACUACACGGAGCACUUUAGUGAAUAAAGAACCUGACAGCAUGCUGGCGCACAUGUUCAAGGAUAAAGGUGUCUGGGGAAAUAAGCAAGACCAUAGAGGAGCUUUCUUAAUUGAUCGAAGUCCUGAGUACUUUGAGCCCAUUUUGAACUACUUGCGUCAUGGACAGCUCAUUGUAAAUGAUGGCAUUAACUUACUGGGUGUGUUAGAGGAAGCUAGGUUUUUUGGCAUCGACUCCUUGAUUGAACACCUAGAAGUGGCGAUAAAGAACUCCCAACCACCGGAGGAUCAUUCACCAAUAUCUCGAAAGGAAUUUGUUCGGUUUCUGCUUGCAACUCCAACCAAGUCAGAAUUGCGGUGUCAGGGUUUAAACUUCAGUGGUGCUGAUCUUUCUCGUUUGGACCUUCGAUACAUUAACUUCAAAAUGGCCAAUUUAAGCCGCUGCAACCUGGCACAUGCGAAUCUCUGCUGUGCAAACCUUGAACGAGCCGAUCUUUCUGGAUCAGUGCUUGACUGUGCAAAUCUGCAAGGAGUCAAGAUGCUCUGUUCUAAUGCAGAAGGUGCAUCCCUGAAGCUGUGUAAUUUUGAGGAUCCUUCUGGUCUUAAAGCCAACUUAGAAGGUGCUAAUCUGAAAGGUGUGGACAUGGAGGGAAGUCAGAUGACAGGAAUUAACCUGAGAGUUGCCACCUUGAAAAAUGCGAAGUUGAAGAACUGUAACCUCAGAGGGGCCACUCUGGCAGGAACUGACUUAGAGAACUGUGAUCUGUCUGGGUGUGACCUUCAGGAAGCCAACCUAAGAGGAUCCAAUGUGAAGGGGGCCAUCUUUGAAGAGAUGCUGACACCACUACACAUGUCCCAGAGUGUCAGAUGAGAGUGUGGGGGCUGGUAGAAGAUGUCAGAAUUAAAAUAUGUUUUCCAUAUCAUUUUUCUUCUCCACCCACUCAGUUGUCUAGAAGAAAAACACUGUAAGGGAAUUUAAAAAGUGUUUAGAGGAUUAUGGUUUUUCUUAGUGGUGCAUAAGGGAAAAAAUUGAAUUUUUCCCCACAUUCUGAUUUUAAGAAAAGCGCUCAUUUAAUAGAUGUAGGGACACCAGGUUAUACUGCUGCCUUUUGAAUGGGGUGGGGGCUUGCCUGGUUUAAUGACCAGGAAUAGUAUCUGUUAUAUUUGCUUUAAAUAGGCAUGAUAUGGAAAUACUAUCUUGGUUUAAGAUGCAUUUGAGAAUUUUAAUUUAUGAAAAGCACAACACAUGCAAUUAUAUUUAUUGAAUACCUAGAUGCAGUACGGAUAAACUUGUUAAAUUUUAUGAGAACAUGAAAAGGUUGUUCAGGUGUAUAAAUAGCUUUAGUGACUCCUCCCCCCUUAGAUAUCUGUGCACCAUGUGAACGUGGUGAGGUCAGACUCUAGAAGGUUCUCUUUUCAGGUUCAUUUUUAUAAUGUUUACUUUCUAGAGCAAAACAGUAGUAAGGAAGUAUCCCAUCCUUACUGAUUGAGACAGAGUGGAAGGAAAGACCACUGUAUAUGGUUAUCAUUCUAAAGGGGCUGGAAGUCUCCAGAUGAAGAGUUUGCCUAUAGCUACAGCAUAUAAAUGAGCAUUCAUCAGAGCUUCAUUCUAGGCAAGUUCCACUCAACACAGUUCUGUUGACAACUCAUCUUGUUUUCUCACACAAUCAACACAAACAGAAAGAUACUUCAAAACCAAAAAACCAAGGUGCAUCAUUAACACCCACUUAACACAAAUGCCAAUUAGUGUAAACAAGACCAGGUUAGAAAUAGGUAUGAAGUCUCAGUUCACUGCCAUUAAAGCCAUAAAAUAGGAGUAAAUACAGCAGAGUCACUUUUUAGAAGGCAAUGUAAUAUAAUUACAGCUAAAACCCCGCGGUGGGGAAUGAGGAACCUUAACUGACAGUUUGAUAAUAGCCAACAAAAAAUUAAUGAAAAUAAAGGCAUUUGGCUGGUCUAAGAUGUAAUACCAAUGAGUCAGCACCUUUGAUUCUUUUACUUAUAUUUUCUGUUGUGUGUACACAUACAUAUUUUUUAAAUCAAAAUUUAGCUCAGCAGAGCCAAGCUCUGCAGCAGCAGAGAUUGGGCCUUUAUUCUCCCCCCGCCCCCAAGUGUCCCAGUGUCCUGUGUGUACCCCAAGAGCAGGGAUAUAUGCUGUGUCCAAAAGGGUUGUGAAUCCUGUAGACGCAUCACCUUGAGGCAAUGAAUCAUUAAAAUCCACCUUUGACUCCUUUGGGAGGAUGACAUAUCUUUAGUAUUCUGUAGCUUAUUCUCUAUCUACAUAUGCAAAGCUUUCCUUACAGUAAAGGGCACAUAUGCACAGGGUGGGGAGAUCGCACCUUUACAGGUGAAGGAAAGCAACCUUAGAAAUGAAUUAUUUUCUUUGCUUUAUUAUUUUUACCAAGACAGAGAAGUAUUGUAUUGAGAGAUAUCUAUUUUCAUAAUCAAUAUGUGCCUAAAUUAUAUUUAAAUCAUUUCAUUCUGUACUAUAUUUUCAGUAAUUGCAGAAUAUGUUAAUUCACUUAAGGGUACCUCUGUAGACAAACCUAAAACUGCAGAAGAAUCUGAAAGAUCUAAACAUGGUGUGCUUAGAAACUUCAGUUUGGAUCUGAUGUAUACUGCAUUAAUAAAUGAUAUGAAAUGUUGAAAAGAUACUCCUGGUGUUCCUUCUGUGGCUUUUGAAGAUCAGUACUUUCUGGACUUCCCUUACAUUUCUCCAAUAUGGGUCGGCAGCUGGCUUUGAGCGACUGGGAGGAAAAGGGAAUUCAGCACAGCACUUGUGAUGGAACAGUCUUUGUGAAGCCAUCAUUGAAGUAACUUGAUUUCUU